AUGACUGUAGCAUUGGAAGAAUACGCAUCAGCCAACCUCAACUGGAGCUCAACACCUGAAUUUACUGAUUUAGAAAACUGGCGAUUGAAGGUGGAUGAAGGCAGACAAACAUGGCAUUACUUGACAACAGAUGAAGAGCGUAAAACCUGGCCACAAACAAUCUGGGAUAGAUACUCAUUAGGGCUUCCUAUUGACGUCCCUGAUCUCCAAACACCCACAACACCACUGGAAUCGGCUCGUAAUGGCUUUGAGUUUUACAGACGACUUCAGACUGAGGAUGGGCAUUGGAGUGGAGAAUACGGUGGGCCCAUGUUCUUGAUUCCUGGUUUAAUCAUCACAUAUUAUAUUACUGGCACACCAAUUCCUGAAGCAAUGCGUCUCGAAUUGAUUCGUUAUUUACUCAACAGAGCCGAGAAGGAUGAUGGCGGAUGGGGCAUCCAUAUUGAAGGUGCAUCCACUGUAUUCGGUACAGCCUUAAAUUAUGUCGCACUUCGUAUUAUGGGUCUUGGACCUGAUCAUCCUGCUAUGGUCAAAGCUCGUGGCACCCUCCAUAAACUCGGUGGUGCAAGCGCUAUCCCCGCUUGGGGCAAAUUCUGGUUGGCAGCAUUAGGUGUCUAUGAUUGGAAGGGUGUAAAUCCCAUCCCUCCUGAGCUAUGGGCUCUUCCGAAGGCACUCCCUCUCUGUCCUGGUAACUGGUGGGUCCAUACUCGCUUGGUCUACUUGCCCAUGGGCUACAUCUAUGCUCGCAGACUCAGUGCACCUCUCACCACAUUCACUCAAUCCCUUCGUGAAGAGCUCUAUACUGAGUCUUAUGACUCCAUUCAUUGGGAUAGCCAAAGAAACAACGUCGCUAAAAUCGAUUUAUAUACCCCUCACUCGAAAAUCAUGGAUGUACUAAACUAUGGUUUGACCUAUUACGAGUCUCUCGCUACGAAAUUGCCUCAAUUUAGAAACUACGCCCUGAAAUUGACAUUAGAUCAGAUCAAGAUGGAAGACGAGAAUUCAUGCUUUCAAACGAUCGGCCCUGUAUCCAAGGCAAUGAACUGGCUUGUGUCCUUUUACGAGUAUGGUAGAGAAUCUCGCGAAUUCAAGAUGCAUGUAGAGAAGAAUGCUGAUUUCAUGUGGAUGGGACCUCAGGGUAUGAUGAUGAACGGCACGAAUGGUAGUCAACUGUGGGAUGCUGCCUUUAUUGCUCAAGCCUGUGUGGAAGCCAAGCUCGCUGAAAAUCCUGAAUACCGUCAAAACAUGAUUCGUUUGCUCGAGUUUAUUGAUAUUACCCAGAUUCGGCGAGAUCCACCCAAUGGAGACAAGUGUUAUCGUCAAAGCACUUUGGGUGCCUGGCCAUUCAGUACAAGGGAACAAAACUACACUGUUUCUGACUGCACUGCUGAAGGUCUCAAGGCUACUAUUGCCCUUCAAACUACGCCUGGCCUCCCCACUUUGGUUGAUCUUCCACGCCUUCGUCAAGCUGUGGAUGUCAUGCUGACCAUGCAAAAUGCAGAUGAUGGUUUUGCUUCUUAUGAAACUAUUCGUGGCCCUCAUCUCUUGGAAAUGCUGAAUCCUGCUGAAGUAUUUGGCAACAUCAUGACCGAAUACAGUUAUCCCGAGUGCACCACCGCCGUCUUAAUGGCUCUCCGUAGUUUCAUCAAAAUAGAUCCAGAGUACCGUCGUGCUGAAAUUGAUGAAACGUGUCGCCGCAGUUUGUUGUACAUCAAAAGAGUGCAGCAUGAAGACGGUUCUUGGUACGGUGCUUGGGCCAUCUGUUAUACUUAUGCUGCCAUGUUUGCUCUUCAAAGCUUAGCCAGUGUAAAUGAAUACUACGAGACAUCGGAUCAUGCCAAACGUGGUUGUGAUUUCCUCAUCAAGCAUCAAGAGGCUGAUGGCGGAUGGGGCGAAAGCUAUAAGUCGUGUGAAUUGCACGUCUACUCUCGCAACGAGAAAUCUCAAGUUGUCAAUACAGCAUUUGCUGUGAGAGGACUUUUGGAAGCAAGAUAUCCUGAUAAAGAGCCUAUCCGUCGUGGUAUUGAAUUCAUCAUGAAGAGGCAACAGGCGAACGGCGAGUGGCUACAAGAAAGCAUUGAGGGUGUCUUUAACAAAAAUUGCAUGAUUUCCUACCCCAAUUACAAGUUUUCCUUCACAAUUUGGGCUCUUGGACAGUAUGCAAGUGUCUAUGGUGAUAGCAUCAAGGAGUAA